UCUUUAUCUGGAUUUGCCUACCCAAAUAAAAAAAACAAAAAACAAAAAUUUAAAAAAAGGAUUGAUUCAUCUGUAUUGGAUUUCUUAAAUUUUUAUAAUCUGCGACUUAGAUACUGUUACAGUUUCUAAAAUUUAGGGUUUAAUUGAUAGAUAAUAGAUUCACCUUUAUUAGGUUGCAAUUUUCACAAUCUAUGACCAAAUAUUUGUUACACUUUUACAAAUAAAUUAGGGAUUUGUAUUCUGGGUGAUAAAUUCAAAGCAAAUUACUAGUAUUUCAUCUGGUCAAAGGCCAAUUUGUUGUGACCAGGAGCUGAUAUGUGAAGAGGAGUUGAAGCUUCGUAGAUCAGUGGAUCAAAAUUUUCUGGAGGAUGGGGACUGAACUUGUUAGACAUUGUGUCAAAGAGGAGGAUAUGGACAUUUCAUCAAUUCCACCUGGUUUUGAGUCACUUGCGCCCUUCACCUUAAGAAAGGUGGAUAAUAAUCGACUCACGAUUAAUCAGCCAUCCUCAGUGAGCGGAUCAAAAUUGCAUGGAAGUCAGGUAGAAACAUAUAUUGAAGGUACCGAAGAUGGAAAGAUGAUUAAGUCACUUAGGCGUAAACCUGGGAUAAACUACGGGAAGUAUGAGAAAAGCUCAGAAGAUGAAUCCGAACCCGAUCAGAAUCCCUUUGUAAGGCCGUCACUUCCAAAAGGAGUCAUCCGUGGAUGUGAAGCGUGUCUCAAUUGCCAAAGGGUAACUGCGAGAUGGAGGCCAGAGGAAGCUUGUAGGCCUGACCUUGAGGAUGCUCCGGUGUUCUAUCCAACUGAAGAGGAAUUUGAAGAUACCCUGACAUAUAUGGCUAGCAUACGCACCAAAGCAGAGGCAUAUGGAAUUUGUCGCAUAGUGCCGCCUGCUUCGUGGAAACCUCCAUGCCCUCUUAAGGAAAAAUAUAUAUGGGAGAACUCCAAAUUUGCUACCCGUAUACAGAGGAUUGACAAACUUCAGAAUCGAAAUUCGAUGAGAAAGAUAUGGAAAGUUAAUCAUCAUAAGAAGAAGAAAAGAAGAAGGUGCUCAAAAACCGGAGUAGACUUGGGUAAUGGUAGUGUUGACAUUAGGACCCCUGAUGAAGCUGCUAUUUUUGAGGAGAGGUUUGGAUUUGAACCUGGUCCAGAGUUUAGUCUGGACGCAUUUCAGAAAUAUGCUGAUGAUUUUAAGGCCCAGUACUUCAGGCAAAAUGAAGGGCAGUGUGAGCCUUCAUUGGAGAACAUUGAGGGUGAAUUUUGGCGGAUGGUCGAGAAACCUACCGAAGAGAUCGAGGUUCUUUAUGGGGCUGACUUGGAAACUGGAGUAUUUGGCAGUGGGUUCCCUAAACAUGGCCAUCAAGUUGGCUCUUCUGACCCGAAGUAUGUAAACGCAGGAUGGAACUUGAAUAACUUCCCUAGGCUUCCAGGUUCUGUUCUUACAUAUGAGAGCAGCGACAUAUCUGGUGUUUUGGUGCCUUGGCUUUAUAUAGGAAUGUGCUUUUCAUCAUUCUGUUGGCAUGUUGAAGAUCACCAUUUGUACUCAUUAAAUUAUAUGCAUUUCGGGGCUCCAAAAAUGUGGUAUGGUGUGCCUGGAGCAGAUGCGUUGAAAUUGGAGGCUGCUAUGAGGAAGCACUUGCCCGAUCUCUUUGAAGAGCAGCCCGACCUGCUUCACAAGCUGGUUACACAACUAUCCCCCUCAAUAUUGAAAUCUGAGGGAGUUCCAGUUUAUCGGUGUGUCCAAAAUCCUGGAGAGUUUGUUUUGACCUUCCCAAGAGCAUAUCAUGCUGGUUUCAAUUGUGGCUUCAACUGUGCUGAAGCAGUAAAUGUUGCUCCUGUUGACUGGUUACCACAUGGGCAGAAUGCGAUUGAGCUUUACCGUGAGCAGGGCCGGAAAACUUCCAUAUCCCAUGAUAAACUGUUACUGGGGGCAGCUCGAGAUGCAGUCAAAGCACACUGGGAACUUAAUUUACUGAGGAAGAAUACCUCAAAUAAUUUACGAUGGAAAGAUGUUUGUGGAAAAGAUGGAAUUUUGUCAAAAGCACUAAAGAACCGUGUUGAGAUGGAGAGAGUGAGGAGGGAGUUUCUUUGCAAUUCUUCACAGGCACUAAAGAUGGAGAGCACCUUUGAUGCUACUAAUGAGAGGGAAUGUAGUGUAUGUUUUUUUGAUCUACACCUGUCUGCCGCCGGCUGUCACCAUUGUUCGCCGGAUAAAUAUGCAUGCUUGAACCAUGCAAAACAACUGUGCACUUGUUCCUGGGGUGCCAAAUUUUUCCUCUUCCGUUAUGACAUCAAUGAGUUAAAUGUACUAGUUGACGCGUUAGAAGGGAAAUUGAGUGCAAUUUAUCGAUGGGCCAGGCAAGAUCUUGGAUUGGCUUUGAGUUCUUAUGUAAACAAAGAGAGGCAAGUUGCAGGGCUUGUUGGUAAGUUAUCCUGUAAACCUGAGGAACUAGUGCUAAAAGAGGCAAGCACAGGAUCCCCUAUAGCUUCCAUAAAAAAGGAGAAGGAUGAUGGAAAUGCAAAUUUCUUGACAAGGGGCAGCGACAGUGCUUCAUCAUUGCAUAAAAAUAAACAAUACAGGGAACCAUUAGCUUUGGAAUCAAUCAAGGCAUCCUCUAUGCCUGACAACUCUUCUCAUGGAAUUAAGGGGGCAAAGAAUGGUUUCCAGAGCAAAAGUGAAGAAUCUGUAAAGUUGGUUCCUGAUUUUAGAGCUCCAGUUUUAGCUUUGGAAUCAAUCAAGGCAUCCUCUACGGCUGGCAACUCUUCUCAUGGAAUUAAGGGGGCGAAGAAUGGCUUCCAGAUUAAAAGUGAAGAAUCCGUGAAGUUGGUUCCUGGUCAUAGAAAUCCAGUUUGUCAGCUUUCCGUGGAGGGUGGGUCAUUUAGUAAGAAAUUACCAACAGAUAAGCAUGAAGUGAAGGGCACUUCAGGUCUUGGUGAUGGUGAUGUGAUCCUUCUCAGUGAUGAUGAGGGAGAGGAGAUGAACAGAUCAGUUCUUUCAGGAGAUACUGUGGAUAAACAUACAAUGAGCAUGGGUAGCAGUGCUAAACCUGUCUCAGCAACAUCCAUUAAUGAUGAGAAAGUGACCGGAGACAGAAUUAGUGGUUCAUCUAGUUCAGAGAGCAUAAAAGUUGAGGAUAAUGCGAAAAAUUUAAUACAUCAUAGACUUAAUCAAGAAACACAUUCUUCCCUUGGAGGUUCUUCUGUAAUUAUGGAUCUUGAUAAACAUGCCCAAGGUUCUCAGGCUACAAAAGGGACUUCUGGCUGUAAUAUCAUUUUAAGAGAUGCUGAUGCUUGUCCCAAGCCCCCACAACCAUGUGACUCUAAACCAAAUAAAGAAGAUAGCCAAAAUAAGGAAACGGAGUGCCCACAACCUUUAUCAAGUGACUCUCCCGUCUCUCAAAACAAUUUGGACAGAUAUUUUCGUCAGAAAGGUCCUCGUAUUGCAAAAGUCGUGAGGAGAAUCAAUUGCAAUGUGGAACCUCUGGAUUAUGGAGUUGUUCAGCCUGGCAAGCUAUGGUGCGACAAUCGGGCUAUUUACCCCAAGGGAUUCAGGAGCCGGGUCAGAUACAUUGAUGUUUUAAAUCCAGCAAAUAUGUGCCACUACGUUUCUGAAGUUCUGGAUGCAGGGCGAGAUGGGCCAUUGUUUAUGGUCUCGUUAGAGCAUUGUCCGAAUGAAGUGUUUGUUCAUUUAUCCGCUGUCAGAUGCUGGGACAUGGUCCGGGAGAGAGUGAAUCAAGAAAUAACAAAGCAACAUAAGUUGGGAAAACUGAAGCUUCCUCCUUUGCAGCCACCUGGAAGUCUUGAUGGCAUGGAAAUGUUUGGUUUUUCUUCACCUGCAAUUAUACAGGUAAUUCAAGCUAUGGAUCAAAAUCAAGUGUGUUCAGAAUACUGGAAAUCUCGACCGAUGAUGCAGAUAGCACCAUCAACAUCUGUUGACAGUUUGAAACUCACUAUAAAAUCCGAGAUCUCAAAUGAUCCUACCGGAGCUGAUACAGUACUCAGUGGCCUGAUUAAGAAGGCAAACUCUGAAGAACUUCAUGCAUUGUACACACUUCUCAAAACCAAUAAUUUGACCCCUAAUCAAGGUUUAAUGACUCGGCUUCUUAAUGAAGAGAUUGAUAAGCGAGGAAGAUGAUUAGAUUUACAGCCUCGUCGAGGCUUUGACUUCUCACAAGGAGUUAACCCUGUAAAUGUUCAACCACAUUCUAGUUUUAGGUUAGAUGGCAUUAGGUUGACCCCCAUUUCUUGAAAUUUUGCACUGGCUAAUAGCAAGAAAAGCCCGUCAUAUAGUUACUUUUGGACUUUGGUUCUUCCAUUCUUUGAGAAGGAUGAUUGAAAUAGAAAAUUCUUUUUCCAAUC